GCUGUCCUGCAGCUGCCAGCACCUGCUGCUUCUGACUUGUUUCUACAUCUGGAUUAAAUCUGGGAGAAGCUGUGCAGAAAGCUUUUGGUUUGGAGGACCUCCACUGCCACCAUGUCAACAUCUGUCCAGAUCGAGCCAGUCAUGGAGAGGACGUAUGGAGGAGUUGGACGCUGCAAGUGCUCAUUUUGGUUUGCGGUUGCCCAUGACAUACUCGGUGUGUUCAUCAUGAUGGUGGGGGUGUUUGGAGGCCUGGUUGUCCACGACUUGUUCAUCUACGCCGGGGCCAUCGUCAUCUUCUUCAGCCUGAUUUGGUGGGUGUUCUGGUACUCCGGGAACAUCGAUGUACCCCCGGAGGAGCUGGAGGACGACGUGGGCCUGAUCAAACUGAAGAACCGUGGGCUCAGCCGGGUUGUGAGGCGUGUGUCCAACCGCCUCUCCAAUGGGAUCAGAAACUCUUUCAGAAGGAAUGGCAGGUCUUUCAGAGAGGGCCCCUUGGACAACAACAGACCUUCAAACACUGGACAGCUGCCAAGCACAGAUGUGUCGCUCUACACUAUCUACGACAGCAACAUCGCCUCCUCAUCAAAAACACUUGUGAGAGAGACACUGUUAAUAUGAACUAAACCGUCACUAAUGACACCAAGAGACA